AUGGCACAUUAUCCUGGUGUCCCCUGGAACCUGCGGCCUGACUAUCUCGCUUUGACCCAGCGUGUCGAUCCAGCGGGAAUAGUCACUACAUACAAUCCUCCUCGUCCAGGCGUCUCUGCCACCGAUGUCACGUCAUUCGUCUAUGGUCAAGCAACAAUCACCCGAGACAACUGGCCAGAGAUCAUGUACUACCUGCAUCCAACCCCAGAGUGGGCCGCUUUUAGGGGUACCGCACAGCCACAGCAGAAGGUAGACGCCAAUGGCCAGCCGAUGGUUGAGCGCUUCCCACAACAAGGCCAGCCUCCACGGCCUCUCUUGGACUUUCGAAUUUUGCCUGAUACCAUAUGCAGCCAAGAGGAAUUAUGGUGGAUAGAGUUGUGGCGGCGCAUGGAUCCCCGUAUGCACUGGGCAGACAUCCUCAUGCGCAUUGAAGUGCCAAACCGGACUGAGGAUUCGGAUAAAAAGCUACAGAACAGCACCAACAACUUGAUAAAUCGCCAGGAGCAUAGAAGGUAUUUCAUGCUCGCCUGGCACACCACCGGCAUCAACUCAACAAUGAGGGUCAAUGAAGUGAGGUCUAUGGUCACGCGCAGGGUUGCUGCGGCUCAUCCACCUCUCCCUCCUAACAGUACACGUGGACUCACGCCUGGUUUGAUCAACCCGCUGCUAGGGAAUGUUCCUGGAAACAGUGUUCCUCAACCUGCUCUGGGACUCAAUCAGGGUAGGCUACGUGUGGGUGGCCGAACACAAGUCACACAGGCAGCAGCAGCAAACCAAGCACUGACAAACGCGGCACAAGCAAACCCGCCACAGCUGAACCAGAUACAAGGACACCCAGUGCAGAACAAUCUUGCGCGUAACAACCAUGGACGUGACAAACGGAUACAUAAGAAACGCCGUCGUACUAGUCCCGUGCAAAAAGGUCGACCGCCGAAACGUCAGGCCCAAAACCUCAACAAGGACACUGAGGACGACAAUAUGGACACUGAAUCCGACCAAAGCAAGAGCUCAGAGGAUAUCCCGUUAUCGGUUGCGAAGGCCCGCGCUCAGAAAGCCCGGACCCGAAAAGUCGCUAAGCCUACAACUGCUGUGGGGAAAGCCAAAGAUGUCAAGAAAAAGCCAGACAAGAAGAAACUUGGUACAGCAAAGAUGGCCGACCAGCAAGACAGCACCACCGAUCCAGACUUAUCCGAGCCUAACGAUGAUGAAGAAGACAACAACGAGGAAGGAGAUUCUUCAGGUGGUCGAUUCCUCAUCGAAGGCGACACUGGCUUCGAGACUGCGUAUCAAGCAAGCAUACAGGCACGUCGCGAAGCUCGGGCUUCCGGACGUGCCCCUCGACGUCCCCCUCGCCCCGGCCGACGCCCCUCUGCGAACCCUCCCAAUCGACGCACCCCUCACGUCUCGGUAUCCGAACUUCUAGGUGACACCGAAGACUGCAAUUUUGUGGCACCGGCUCUGAGACCUGACACCGAGACAGCCCCUCGAGCGUCAGCACCACCUACGCGUCCUACAGACGCACCCACUCCAGCACCCCACCGAAACAUCAGUGCAAUCACCGGCCUACCUUUUGCCGGACAGCAUCGCCGUCCAGAAGCACUCUCCGGCUACGGUGACGGCCCGAUGCGCCGCAGAACUUCGCCCGUGAGGGACUCUCGGGUCGCACAAUCUACCAGCGUCCGCACCGCAGAGGACAACGAUGGGCGCGAGACGGUCACGCCGACCUCCAACGCCGCCAGACUCGGGCUCCCCGUAGCCUCAGCGGAUCGUCCCCCCCAAAGCUUCUACGCCCUCGGCCCCGACGGGUCGCACCACCAUCACACCGACGGGUCCGGAACAGCAACCUACACCACACGUCCCGGACCGUCGUCAAACUCCCGCCUGGGAUUCACCCCGAACCAGCGCGCACAAGCACAAGCACAAGCACAAGCACAGGCACAAGCACAAGCACAAGCACAAGCACAAGCACAAGCACAAGCACAAGCACAAGCACAAGCACAAGCACAAGCACAAGCACAAGCACAAACACAGAACAGCGCCCCGCCCCCAAACUCCGGCGGGAAUGCCGCUCAGCCAGUAGGUCCUUCCGCCCCAACCGGCAGGGUUUACAACCCCACUGAUACUGAUACGACCAGACAGGCCACCCGGAGCCCCGCCGGCGCCCCCACCGGUCAGCGCGACCCCACACCCACCCAGCGAACGGGCCGGCUGACAGACGAAAUAGCACGGCAUAACGACGCCCUGAUCGAAGAGAUCCACCGGCGCGAGCGGUGGCCGAGGCACGAGUUGGGCCGCCACACCCGUGCCGUUUUUGAGAUCAUGAGGGGCGGGGAGCCGUCGUACGCGGAGGGCUUUCUGGAGCGGGAGGAUGAGAGGGAGAGGAGGGAGAGGGAACCUUCUUCGGAUGAUGAAUGA